UUGUUUUGGUUUAUGCGGACUGCGCUUUGUCACGGGGAGCUAAAGUCCACGGCGGUACUUUAACCUAGCCGAAACAUCUUUGACUUACUGACGAACCCUGGAACAACUCCUCCUCCGAGGUCUGUGUUUCGUCACCCCUUUUCAGGGCCGCCUCCUGUCUCGUCGCUCUGUUAUCGGACCUCAGAAGCUGGCCUGCUAGUUAGCAAACAAGCUAACGAUUGCCUGAUUUCACCCAUGUCCUCUGAAGAAGGGUUGAGCUCAACGGUCACGGAUUGGCUUUUCAUUAAUUCCUGGUGGCUCCUUCUGCCAUUCAUAAUGCUUCUUGUAGUUGCAGCUUUCAUUGUUGCUUUUGUGUUACUGCUAUACAUGAUAUCGCCUCUUAUUAGCCCCAAACCUUUGAAACUGAACGGGGCCCACGUCGUGGUGACAGGAGGCUCAAGUGGGAUUGGCAAAUGCAUUGCAAUGGAGUGCUACAGGCAAGGAGCAUUCAUCACUUUGGUGGCACGGGAUGAGGCUAAAUUGCUUCAAGCAAAGAAAGAGGUGGAGAAAUUUGCUAUCAAUGACAAGCAGGUGGUGCUUUGCAUAUCAGUGGAUGUUUCCAGUGAUUAUGGCCAGGUGGAAAGUGUGAUAAAACAGGCUCAAGAGAAGCUUGGGCCUGUUGAUAUGUUGGUGAACUGCGCUGGAACAUCCAUUUCUGGGAAGUUUGAGGAUGUGGAAGUGGACCGAUUUAAAAAACUAAUGGAAGUGAACUACCUGGGCAGCGUUUACCCGACACGGGCCGUCAUAACCACCAUGAAGGAGCGAAGAAUGGGCCGCAUCAUGUUUGUGUCCUCCCAAGCAGGCCAGAUCGGCCUGUUUGGAUACACUGCCUACUCCCCAUCCAAGUUUGCCCUGCGUGGCUUAGCAGAGUCGCUGCAGAUGGAGAUAAAGCCAUAUAAUAUCUACGUGACUGUGGCCUACCCUCCUGACACAGACACUCCAGGAUUGGCAGAGGAAAAUAAAACAAAGCCUCUAGAGACCAAAUUAAUCUCUGAAACCUCUGGAGUUUGCCAACCAGACCAAGUGGCCAAAAUCAUUGUUCGGGAUGCAGUGCAGGGGAACUUCAACAGCUCUGUGGGGCCUGAUGGUUACAUGCUGUCAGCCCUCACCUGUGGAAUGUCACCUGUCACCUCCAUCACAGAGGGUCUCCAGCAGAUCGUUACCAUGGGAUUAUUUCGGACCAUCGCCCUCUUCUACCUGGGGAGUUUUGACAGCAUUGUGCGUCGCUGCAUGAUUCAGAGGGAGCAGUCGAAAGCGGCUGACAAGAGGGAGUAACAGCAGCCUUACCUUCUUCACAGCCCAAUGCCCCUCCUCUUCCACACCCCCCAAUCCCGUCCCUGUCCUCCUCCUCCACAUCCCCCAUCCCACUCCCCUCCUCCAGCCUGUACUAGUGCACAACCGUAGGUGGGGGAAAAGGCCAAGCCUUGAGUGAAUUUCUGAUAUCAACUUAACAGAUGGAGAUGAAAGAAAGUGGCAGAUGUUUACUCUUUGCUUGUCCAGUGAUGUAACACCUCCACAGACUUCAGUCAUUUUGAUUUUUCCUCUCAAAGCAUUCCAGUGACUUUUCAGUUUAAAUGUGUCCACCUGCUUCUUUUUGCGGGAGCAGCCUUACUUCAAGAGAAUGAGGGCAGACUUAACAUCCCACAGCCUGGUUUUAAAGUAGCUACCCUUUGUAGACCACUGACAUUAGGGAUAUCAGGCCUCCCUGCCUCCAAUCGCACAGCGCCGUUUUUUGUUUUUUUUUUUCUCACAUGGAAGAAAAGCAACAGAUAGCCUGUCUGACUGGUUGUGCCAAAUAUGGCUCGAAGUUCCUUCCUACCAGGGGCUAUAGUGAAAACCAGAAUGGUAACACUCAUGAUUUGUCAUAAUGUCUCAUGUAUGUCAAAACUAGGCUCACCUUGUAAGAAUUUUACUUUUUUCACUAAAUAAGGCCCUCCCUCUCUACGUCUCUAAGUCUUUGCAGGCAAAGCAUCUUCCUGUUCGACUGAAUAACCUCUGUGUGUGAAACCAGCGGUGACCCUCAGAGUCUUGUUUAUGCUGUGGGAUGUUUUGUUCUCUGUGUGUGUGAACCAAGCCAAGAUGUGAUACAGCACUACAUAUUAGAGAACAAGAGAGAAUGUGUGAUGUUUUCAAUUGUUUGUUGAAUUUUGCUAAUGCAAAAACAUUAUUUCCAGAUGAUAAUAAUAAUAAUAUUCAAAAGUGUUAGAGACAGUGUUGGGGCUAAGAUUUUUGGGAGAACUGUGUGCAAUGAAUGUGUGCUGUGUUCUGUGUUUGCUGUGACUGAGCCAACCCCUGGGGAGAAAUAAGCCAUUAGAUUAUAAUGUCUCGGGAAAAAAAAAAAAAAAACACACCAAAUUAUUUUCUCAUAAUCCCAUCAUAUUUCAUUGAGAAA